AUGUUUGAGCCUCACAAUGAAGGCCACCAUCCCCCCUUUCAUUGGCCUCUGCAAUCCAAGGCUGGCCGAAUUCUCGACCACCACAACCACGAAUUCGGCCUCUGCGGUACCAUAACCAAGACCCGGUUCGGUAGCUGGCCAACGAAACGGAGAGACCCAAGGAAAACAGGAAAAUGUAAUGUAUGUCGGCCAACUCAUCCACGCUCAUAAUCUGUUACCACACAUACUCACAUGUGCGCAAUGACCCAGAUGAGUCUGGGUGAGAACAAGUCGGUCGAGGAAAAGGACAGACCGAAGAGUGCAGAGAGGAGUUCACGGCAUAUCGAAAGCCAUUACCAAGUCACCUCUACACUACGUGACAAGAACAACUCAUAUCAUGUUGAUGGACUUGCACCUUCGCCUCGUCCCAGAUCACCACCUCAUCAUGUCAUCGCGUUCAUUGAAGCAUAG